AUGUCAACUGACGUAGCUCACUACCCGCUUGCGGCAUCCGUGCCGCUGACAUUCGGAGCAUGCGCGAGUCUUUCUAUCGUUGUAUUUUGUGCUCUGCAAAUAAUUCUCCACCUAAGAAGUAACAGUGAACUGACUAUGCUACAUAGGGUGCAUAGCUGUCUACGCGUGCUGAUAGUAGCACAGACUGUGUUUGCGGCUGCAGCUGUCGUAGUUUUGUCAGUUGCUACUGAGGCAACCGGGCACGGCUCUGCCACGUUCGCCGGCCUUAUCUCUGAACGCCAGGCUGCCAACGUCUUGAAGGUAUCCGGCGCUACUCUGGUUGCUGGAUACUCCUUCUUUGCAACCGAACAUCAAGCGUUUAGGUGGGUCGCGCUUCUGGGUGCGGCGAUAAUGUCCGGCGUAGAUGCCGUAGAUAUGGCAACCGUCGGGCAGCUAAUAGGUUUGUUGCACUCAAGCAAGGGAGGCAUUACUGGUGAAGAUGAUACAGCUCGAGGGCUUGCUCUGUGGGCACUGAAGGUGCAAUAUGCAGCAAAGGUGUUCUCUUUCUUCUCUUGGUUUCUCAUGAUGCAAGUCAUUGGGUGUCUAAUGCAUGCGUUGGGGUGGUUCCACCUGAAUGAGCUUCCAAAUGAUGAGGAGGUAGCAGGGCACUUGAAAGAGCUGGCGCGUGCUACGAUCAACCGGCGUAUUCAGGAAAAGCGGAACCCAGAGAGAUUUGCCGCAGGCGGUGGAAGGCAUCUCUUCAACCCAGUCGACAAAUUGGAGGUAACGUGGGAUCAAAUGAUAGAUCUGACAGUUGGUCGAGAGAACCGCACAAGUCAUCCAAUCUCUACAAACCGUAGGGGAGAAAUACCACCGGAAGUCCAAAGGGAGCUCCGUCAGAUCCUGUUAAAGAUGGGUGUCAAAAGAAGCCAAAUAUAUGAGGUACUUGAUAACGAAGAUGAUUCUUGA